AUGUCGACGGCCUCGCGGAAGUCGUUACAGAGCGCCGCCCCGAUCCAUCGCCGCCUCGAUAGUCUGCAGAGGGGCGAACGCCGAAGCCGCGCCAACUCGGCCGCCCGCCAGCUCGUCGUGAGCCACGACGACGCUCUCUCGUACGCCCUUCGCGUGGCCUAUCUGCAUUACCUGCUGCAGCCGAGGCAGAAGCAGAAGAAAUUCAUCCCCGCGCCCAAGCCCCCACAGAGAGCUUACACCUCCGUCGCCACAGAUCUCGUCAAGGAGUUCUUGCCUGGGACGCACGGCAGUGUGAAACUUCCCAAUGGAUUCCGCAAGUACUUGGAGAAGAGGCUGGAGGGUGUCAUGAGGGGGACCGAGAGAGCACCUGGAUACGGUGACGCCGACAUCAAGAGGUCCUUCGCAGAGGCCUACAAUGCUUUAGGCCAACCCGGCAUGCAGCAGACCUUGGACAAGGAUCGCAAGCUCGAGCCUCUCGUCCUUUCGUUCUUUGCGGCGGCGACAAAGUCCUGCAGACCGCGCGACCCUGUUCAGGCCAACGAUGAUCACUGGAAACUGCUGGUUGACCGGCAUGUGGCAAUGUUUGUUCGGCUUGUGGGCAACGUAUUGAAGGACAUGGGCAAGGAUCGAGACAAGCCGGAGCUUAUGAGUCGACUCAAAACGCUGGAGAAUAAGCUGCUAACAAAUGAUCAAAACCUCUUCAUCGACACGGGUCAGGCCGGAGGGAAGACAAUAGAGGUUGAUGUCCCGUUGAGCUACGACGUCAAAGACAUGCCCCUGGUCCAAGUUGUCGCGAGGCUAUUUGGAAUGGGCAACUCGGAUGCGCAAAACCACAUCGAUGGCCAGAAGCCGAACUGGAACGAAGAAGCGGCGUUGAAGGACCUCAAAUCCUACCAGCAUCGCCUAAACUCCAACAUGAGCGGCACCUUGCGAAGCCAGGAUUUCGACGUGGAGGAGGCGUAUCAGGAGUGGAAGAGAGCCGAAGCACCUCAUCUGUCUGCAAUGAUCAAAGAGGUGUUGAAUGCGAAGCCACAGUUGGUUAGAAUGUCAACGAGCAUUAUCGCGAUGGAGAAGCCCCUCCCAGCCAGCCCAACUUCCGGGUAUGGGGAGGACCAAGCCUAUGCGGACCUCAGUCGGGCAUUGUCCAGCCCAGAUUCCGGCUACGGACUGGAUCAUACCCUCAGCUUGGGAUCCAUGUCACUGGACGACAACAGCAGCAUCAGGAGUGUUGAUGAGGCCCACUAUACUUUUAUACCCCCUGAGCCUCGGGAAUUCUUCAAGACCAUUGCAAAGUACGCCAUGGAUUUUGACUCGAUGCAUGACGAUGGUACAGAGCGUUUAGGGCCAUUUUCGAAGCAGAGCAUGGAAUUACUUACCGAAUUAUGUGUUCAUUGGCGAAUCCCGCAAUUCACGCGUCUGGUUGUCUUUUUGGAGUUAGCUGCUGCAAAAUACUCAGACAGCUUGUUUACCGCCAUCGAUCUCGACAACACCUUUGAGCUGGUCAAGAUCCCAGGCCCCGAGACGAAGAAGCCGCCCCAUAUAUAUCUAUGGAACGAAAGCCUGGCGACAAUCGAUAGGUCUAGAUGGACGAUGCAUGACUUCGCAGUCUAUCAACAAACGCUGAACUCCAUCCACGAGGCCCUGCUCCGCGAACUAUAUGAUACGUUCAUGCACUGCUUCGAAUCGAAACCUCCAUCUGUGGGCCCAGUCUUGCACGUGCUGGAUACACACGUGCAUGCGGAUUCUGCGUUUGCCAGGAACGCAGAUGCGGAAGAGCACUACGCUAAAGCUCUUCACGAUGGACUCAAAGAACAGGCCUCCAAUGUGUAUCGUGCAUUCCUGGAUAAAGAGAUACCUGAAAGUCAAGAAGAUUGGGAUUUCAACCACGUCGUCCAGCUUGGCAAGUCUGUGGUUAAGCUGUGCGAAAGAAUCAAGAAGCGAUACAAAUCGAAGCCGGAGAUCAUGGGGGUCAAUCCUCUCACGAUCUUGGUUGAGACCAUGUUCCCGAACUUUGAGAACGAUGCCUCCGAGCUGAUCAGGUCCAUUAUCCUGAACGCUCAGGACCGCGGUCUGGAAUUUGGCUCCGAGGACGGGUUUGCUCUCUACAAGGAACUAGUCGAGAUUCGACAUAUUCACCGUUCCUCACUUCCCAACCAGCCAUUUACGUUUGAUAUUGAGGAAUUGCUCGUUGACUUCGUGUGGCGCUGGAUCGCAAAUGCGGAAGAGUUCAAUGUGACCAUUGUGGAAAACGCCAUCAAACAUGACCAAUUUCAGGUUCGAGAAGGGCGAGAAGGCCACCCUCCUGCGGAUGAAGAUCGCCACAGCCAUUCCAUCAUUGACGUCUUCAAAAGUUUUAACCAGACCGCAGACCAGAUUUUCCAGCUGGAAUGGGAUAAUGACGUUCACCAUGCUCGUUUCAUGACUGCCCUCUCAAAGAUGUUCGCCAACGGAAUCGCCAGGUACUGUGAAGUGGUUGACGGCAGAUUCAUGAAAGAGAUGGACGCGCUCAGACCAGAAGAAGAGGAAGCAGCGGCCGUUGCCCAGACCGCACAAGGCAAAAUCAUGAGAUACGCCAAGGAUGCAUGGAACACCAAGGAAAAACUUGCGCCUUUUCAGUUCUAUUCAGAGUCACUGGUAAAACUCAACAACAUUGAGUACGCCAUGCAGCAACUGGACAAGCUCGAAAAGCUUAUGAAUGUCGAUGCAUGUGCUGCUGUCAUUGAAAAAGCGGAAGGGCCUAGGAAACCCAUGAAGCGACCCUCGACCUAUGUGUUCACGAUCAAGAUCGUCGAAGCGGAAGACCUGAAGGCCUGUGACCCAAACGGCACAAGCGAUCCAUACGUUGUCCUGGGAGAUGAGUACCAAAAACGUCUGGCGAAGACCAGGACAAUCAUGAGAAGCUUAAACCCCAAGUGGGACGAGUCUGUCGAUAUUACGGUCAGGGGACCUCUCAACGUCGUCGCCACGAUCUGGGAUUACGACAUGUUCGGCGAGCACGACUUCGUAGGCAGGACAUCUCUAAAGCUUGAUCCAUUGCAUUUCAGCGACUAUUUGCCCCGGGAGUUCUGGCUGGAUUUGGACACACAAGGGCGGCUUCUGCUGCGUGUCAGCAUGGAAGGUGAACGGGAUGAUAUCCAGUUCUAUUUUGGCAAGGCAUUCCGGCACUUGAAAAGGACUGAACGCGAUAUGGUGCGAAAGAUUACAGAGAAGCUUACUUCACAUAUCAGCGAGUCACUCUCUCACGAGGCGUUACGCAAUCUCCUCGGUCGGAACAUUCUGCAGUCUGCCCAGAGUUUGUGGAAGAGGCAAUCGCGUGUUGCGACAGUCACCAAUGCCGAUAUUGAAAACGCUCUCCAACCUCUUUUCGGCUAUUUCAACGACAACUUUGCCAUCAUGAAGGAGACCCUGACCGACGCGACCAUGGUGGCUGUCAUGACCCGUUUGUGGAAAGAAGUUCUCAUGGCUAUCGAAACCCUCGUCGUACCGCCGCUCUCUGAGAAGCCUUCCAAUCAAAAGCCUCUCACGGAGCGCGAAGUCGAGGUUGUGUACAAGUGGCUUGGGCUUCUCUUCGAAUUCUUCAACGCACGGGAUGAGAGUGGUGAAGUUUUGGGUGUGCCAGCCGAGGUUCUCAAGUCGCCUAAGUAUCACGAGCUUGCCUCACUGAACUUCUUCUACUUUGAGACCACUGACCACCUCAUCCAUACCUCGGAGCGCAUGGCUGCCGCCACCGCGCAGCGUGCUCAGCAGGCCAUGCAGUCUCAGCUGUCGGCUCACCCGAACCGUCUCUCUGCUCCGGCAGCGUUCGGCGGAAUGGCGAGCGCCGGCCCGUCCUUCGCUUCCAUGGGCACGAUCCGCCGCGGAAAGAGCAUCAUGAUGAGCCGUAACCUAGGCACGAUGCGCCGGGCCAAGGAGGAGAAGCGCAAGGAGGCCCAGGCUGACCCUAGCGACGAUAUGAUCCUGAGAAUCUUGCGCAUGCGCCCCGAGGCGGCGCACUACCUCAAGGAACGGCACCGCCAAAAGGAGCGCCAGGCCGCCGCGGCAGCUGCUGCGAUGAUAGUGAAGCAGAGCGUCAGCCAGGGCUGGAACUCGGGAGGGGGCUUUGGAAGAGGUGGUGUCCCUAGGAGGUAA